UAUUUCUCCGGCAACAAAACCCGGAAAAAAAAAACCCUUUCUCUCAGAUGCGAUGUAACAUUUGCUCUGUUUGCGCUAUCAUCCGAUACUUUAUCUCGAACAUUCAGAGUUGAAUCGAGGAUCAGGACGUUUGGUCUGUGGAUGGGGGCUUUAAAUCAGAUGUUUUGAUCAUGUGCGCGAGGUCACGGUUUCGGCGUAGAGGAAUCAGUCACGCGCGCGCUUCACUCCGUCUUUGCUGCUUCCCAGAAACUUCCUAACGGAAACAAAACAACGCCAAAACGUUUAACAUAUCAACGGAGGCUCGAUUUUUAAUCCUUUCACGAUCAAGAGUCCAGAGAUAAUGAGGCUGGCAGGACCACUGCGUGCAGUCGCUGUUGUGUUCCUUGUAGGCUUAACUUGGCUUCUGGCAAGUUCCAUACUAGGAGGAGAUGGAGGUUCAGUCAUGAACAUGUUCUUUCCCGGUGAAGAAGAGGAAAGCACUCCAGAACCAGUACAACUCAAGUACAAGUGCGGGCUCUCGGCCCCGUGUCCUCCGAAACACCUCGCAUUCCGUUUGGUGUCUGGAGCUGCAAAUGUUAUUGGACCCAAAUUCUGUUUGGAUGAUAAAAUGCUUAUCAGCAGUGUGAAGAACAAUGUUGGCAGAGGACUUAACAUCGCCUUAGUAAACGGGGUCACCGGAGAGCUUUUGGAAAUCAAAUCAUUUGACAUGUGGGAAGGAGAUGUAUCUGAUUUGUUGAAGUUUUUGCGACCUCUCCAUGAAGGAACCCUGGUGUUUGUGUCAUCCUUUGAUGAUCCAGCUUCCAAGUUGAACGAUGAGGCUCGGCGUCUGUUUGAGGAGCUGGGCAGCACGGCAAUCAAAGAGCUUGCGUUCAGGGAUAGCUGGGUGUUUGUGGGAGCCAAAGGAAUAGAAAACAAAAGCCCAUUUGAGCAGCGAAUGAAGAACAGCAAAAAUAGUAAUAAGUACGAGGGCUGGCCGGAGUCUUUAGAGAUGGAUGGCUGCGUUCCUUUACGCGCCCCACUAGAGAGCUAAUCUCUCGGACGAGCAACACACAAGGCUAUGAACUUGAGCACAGACUAAACUCUUGGAUAUCACUUCCUUAACAGUUUCCUUUUGAUGGAAAUAUUCCAAUAUAUUUCUUGUAAAAGUGAAUCAUGACUUUUUUUCUAUUAAGUAUGUGUAAUACUCAUUUAUGUAAAAGACUUAAAAAAGAAAAAACUGGCCAUUUUUGUACAUAAUGCAUUUAAUUCACCGUGUCACUACUCCAACCCUCCGUUAAAUAAUGGUACAUCAUGCUUUGUGGAUAAAUGUGUAAUAUUUAGAAACUUUUUUUUAGUAACUGUUAUUGUUAGGCAAUACUGAAUGCCUGUCUUUGUGUUAAGGUUUUAAUACAUUUUUGACAUUAUUUAAAUGAAGCUUGUCACACCGUUGCUGUGAAAGUCAUAUCAAACUUAUUUUAUAGUAAACAUAAGAAAAUGAGUGUGUGCUGUAUUUUAAGUAGAAUUGUUCAAAUAAAAUAUGAACAUGGUAUUACA